AUGUUGUUAGUCAUUCCUUUGUUACUCAUAAUUCCUGUGAUAAUUUUUUAUCGAAGAACCAACCUUUUCUAUAGUUUCUUGUUGAUCUUACAAUUUUUGUACUCGUUUUAUAAAUUAUGUCUUUCAAUACCUUUAAUAUUAUUAAGAAGACGCGUACCAACGUCUGCAACAAAAUUAAUCGGAGAUAUUAAGAGUUUAGAUAAAGUACCAAAACAUCUCGCAAUAAUGUUUUGGAGUGAUGAUAUCCAGGAUGAAAGAUUGAUCGAAGUGGCGCUUCUGUGCUGUUGGUCUCAGUGUUUCGGAGUGAAAAUUGUUAGCAUUUAUGAUGCCGAGGGUCGCCUGGGACAUUACGCUCAUUUGCUUCAAUCUCAAAUCAACAUCAUUUCACAAAAAUUUUUCAUUUCGGAGAAGAUCAUACCCACUAUUCAAGCAGAACCAGGUAUGAGUUGUAACGGAGAUUAUUUUAUCAUUUUCAAAGUGCUCUUGACGUUAACGAUUUUGAUUUUGGUAGAAUUACUGGUAAAUCUGGUCUCACGUUCCGAUGGUCGUACGCGAAUAGUGAACGUGGCAAAAUCAUUAACUGAUGACAUUAAACAGGAAAAGAUAAAAUAUGAAGAUGUGAAUAUUCUGGAAUUAGACAAGAGGUUAAGCAGUAUGUAUUAA